AUGGCGUCUCUGACCCCAAUUUCCCAAUCCCAUUCCUUUCUUAAAAGACCCAACCUUAAAACUCCUCCACCUCCCAAUUUCUCUUCCAGUUUUAUCAUCAAGGAUUUCCCAUCUUCCAAGACUCCGUCUCUUAAACUUCCCAUGAGGGUUUCUAGGAACGUCGUCGUAUCGUCCACGACGGUGGAGAAGCCCAGGAAGAGGUACCCCGGAGAGGCUAAAGGUUUCGUGGAGGAGAUUAGAUGGUUUUACGAUACUGCUAGAAAAAGUAAAGUGAUAAGCCUGGUCUGGUCUGGUUCAGAUGCUGAAUUCAGAAACACUGGAUUGGAAAGGUCGGAGAAGUUGGCGAUGGAUUUACAGUGGUUCAAAGAGCAAGGCUAUGCCAUUCCCGAACCAUCUUCUCCCGGUGUUACAUAUUCCGAGUAUCUUAAAGAAUUAUCCGAGAAGGAUCCACAAGCAUUCAUAUGCCAUUUCUACAACAUUUAUUUUGCACACUCGGCUGGUGGCCGGAUGAUUGGGAAGAAGGUAGCUGAGAAGAUACUUGACAACAAGGAGUUGGAAUUUUACAAAUGGGAUGGUGACCUUUCCCAAUUGUUACAAAACGUGAGGGACAAGCUGAACAAAGUAGCUGGGAGCUGGACUAGGGAGGAGAAGAACCAUUGCUUGGAAGAAACCGAGAAAUCGUUCAAAUAUUCAGGGGAGAUUCUUAGAUUGAUACUGUCAUAGGUAUGCCAAGCAUAA